AGUGUAUUGAAGCGUACAUAUUUUUUGCAGAAAAGCAAUAGUAAUACGAUGCAGCGUUUUGUUAUUUUAUUUCCAUUUUACAUCGCUUUAACUUUGACUUUUGCAGAGGAUGUUAGCUAUCAAGCAUGCGUCGAUAAAUACUCAAGAAAAGGCUAUCAGCCAUGGCAGGAAUGGUCGGAUCACUACACAUGCCAUCGUUAUAGAUGUGAAAUACGUGAUGGGAAAUACUUUAUAGCUGCUGUCGGUUGCCGUAAACCGAAAAUACCGGAGAAUGCUUUGGAAUGUCACGAAUAUAUUGAAGAUGAGAACGUUGAGUUUCCGACGUGUUGUGCUCGAUUGAGGUGCGUCGUGGAAGCUAAUGGUGAACGGAUUGUUCAAACUAGAGGACAACCUGGAGAACUAUUCCCGGAUAAACCUUGGAAAGGACAACAGAACGAACCCAACCCAGCCGUAGUUGGCAUGCCCAACAUACAACAGAACACGGUGAGCGGGGAGCCUCAGACGCAGUCUGCUCCCGGCAUUUUCAACAGCAGAGGUGCCGGCAAGCCAAUGGAUGGCAACGAUAUUAGUGGACGCAGAUUCGUCGAUCCGUACCCGAACCAGCAGAUACAAGACUCGCCAAGAAAAAAAAGAUCAACUAUAUACCCCUUAUUUAACAGAGAAACUGUCAAAGACGGUCGCUCUUAUCAGCCCCAUCAAGUAAAACUAAACGGUUAUUCACCUGAACGAUAUACGUCAUAUUUUCCAAACACCGUCAAAAGCAUUUCUAACUCUAAAUUACAGAUAAACAUGUCUUAAAAAGUUUAUGUAUAUUUUUUACUUUUAAGAAUCAAUUAUUAAAUUAUGUGUAAGUGAUAUUAA